AUGUGCUCGACGAUCACGCUUGUGGCAGAAGCCGAGGACCUUUCCAGCCUUGCAACGCGCAGCAGCGGAGGACGAAAACAGGGAAAGGGGGGAGAAGGACCCGCAGGCGGCGGCGAUGACGAGGGCAGCGCGUGGCUCGGCGCGCUGCGGCGGCUCGGCGCGCUGCCGCUGCUGGCGGCUGCGCUGGCCGUGCCUGGGCUCGACAGCGGGCACAGCGCGGCCAUCGCGUCGGCCCUGGCAGCACUGCUGUAUGGGUGCGAACAAAGGCAGCAAACGGCGGCGUGGGAAGAGGCCAGCGCGGCGGCUGGCACGGAUGUUUCAGGCCUGCGACGGCGCGUCUGGGCAGCGCUUGUGAGUGCACCAGCCCCGGAAGGCGUCGCCUUGAUGGGGUGGCUCUGCACCUUCCGGUGGCGCUGCAGGGGUGACAUGGCCGCAGCGCCUUCUGCGCUGUUGUAUGCUGCCCAGUGCUCUCAUAUGUGCAUAGAGGCACAAGAUGCAGAGGCUGCGGCGGACCUGCUCUGGGAUGUCGAGGCGUGGGCGGCGAGGGAGUGGGCAGAGUGCGGCGGCAGCGACAGCGGCAGCGACGGCGGCAGCGAUGGCGGCAGCGAUGGCGGCAGCGACGGCGGUAGCAACGGCGGGCGAGGAGGGGUCCACGAAACGGCGCGCGCGGAGGGCAGUCAGCGCGGCGGCUCUUUGGGGCGCACGCUGCAUGGAGAGCAAACGGGAGCGGCGCAGGCGGCUGACGGGGAGCGCGCAGAGCGCGUGCUGGAGUCGCUGCUGCGCUGGGCCUCAAGGGGUGCUCGUGCGGGAGCAGGGGCCGAGCGCGCGGUGUUGGUAGAGGCGGAGGCACGAGACGCGCUGGCGCACCUGCGCUCCAGGCAUCAGUCGCUGGGGCUGGCGGUUGAGGAGGCGGGGCUGGCAAAGCAGCAGCAGCAGCAGCAGCAGCAGCAGCAGCAGCAGGAACGGCAGCAGCAGCAGCAGCAGGAGCAGAAGCAGGAACGGCAGCAGGAGCAGCAGCAGGAACAGCAUGCUCAUCAGGUGAAAUUGCAGCACCACUUGGAGCGAGUGCGAUUCCAGGAGCAGUUGCAGCACCUGCAAGUGCACGGGCAAUCCGAGCAGCAGCAGCAGCAGCAGCAGCAGCAGCAGCAGCAGCAGCAGCAGCAGGAGGAGGAUCACAACGAGCACGCAGUUGCCGGGGCAUCCACAGCACAAACGUCAUGUCAGGCACGCCAGCCGCACGCCGGCAGCGUCGUAGGCGGGCGGCAGUCUGCUGUGUGUGCGGCGUGCGCCACAGCCCAGGGCGCUGAGGGGGCGCGGCUGCACCUGUGCCGCGGGUGCCGCCUGGCGUGGUUCUGCUCUGACAAAUGCUACAAGGGCUACUGGCCGGCGCACAAAGCGGCAUGCCGCGAGGAGCAGGCGCGGCGGGCGGGGCAGGCGGCGUCAAAUAUGGGGCAUGAUUAG